UACUAUAUAACGUAUUCAAUCCUCACUUCUAAAACCCACAAAAACUUUAAAGUUCUAAACGUCAAAAACGAAAAAAAAAGAUGAAAAUCUUUAACUCAUCUCAAAACCUAUUCGUGGCCAUAACCUUUUUCCUUGUUCUCAUAGUUCAUCUAAAAGCCCAAGACAGUCCUCAAGAUUUUUUGGCAGCUCACAACCGAGCACGAGCUGAGGUUGGGGUGGGUCCCUUAAGAUGGGACGAGAAGGUGGCUGCUUAUGCCCGUAGCUAUGCGAACCAGCGUAAAGGUGACUGCGCUAUGAAACACUCUAGCGGACCCUAUGGAGAGAACAUCGCUUGGAGCAGCGGUAGCAUGACAGGCGUUGCAGCCGUUAACAUGUGGGUGGACGAGCAAUUUGACUACGAUUAUAAUUCCAACACAUGUGCUUGGAACAAACAGUGUGGCCACUAUACUCAGGUUGUGUGGAGAAACACGGCGAGGCUAGGAUGUGCAAAAGUCAAAUGCAACAAUGGUCAAACCUUUAUCACUUGCAACUACGAUCCUCCCGGUAACUGGGUUGGCGAGUGGCCUUACUAAAAAAACCUCCAUUGUAAUGUUUUUGAAUAUAUGUUUAUACACAUGAAUGUAUUGUUUCCAUGUUGUUCAGUUAUACCAAUCAUAUAUAUAUCGUCAGCUAAUAAAGAUUGGUUUGUCCGGUCCGGUCCUCUUUUGUACCAUAUGUAUUACGUGGAUUUUUAUGAUGGAAUAAUAAAAAUGCAAUGCUACGGCUUGCACUUGCUUUGUUUGCUA